AGCUCGGGGUGCUCUCAUGCGGAACUCCGAGGUCAGCCUUUUCGCUUUCUCUCAGCUGAACGAAAAAUGAAAACAAAACAAAUAUUCGAUCCGGGCAGACCCCUAGGCAUCUGUUAUAGCAGGAAGUAAAUAUCUUAUCGAAUGAAUUGUCCGAGAAAUCAAAGAAAAAAAAGCAAAACGUCAUUCCAUUUGUUAAGUUUUGAAAUGUGAUUGUGUCCACGUGUAUUCGAUUUGGAAGUGUUCUGUGUAUUGUUUUUAUUUCGAAUGCAAUUUGGAACUAACAUCGUCUGCUCAUGCGGUUCCAUCUGCCCCAGCUGCCGAGAAUGGUGGAGGGGUUUGCCAAAGUAGUGAAAUAUGCUCUUUUCCUAGCAAACUGUGUCAUACUGAUAUGUGGAAUUGCUGUUUUCGCAGUCGGGAUAUGGACGAUCGCAGAUCGAUCGUUCAUGGAACGAUUGCUGGGUACCGAUCUCUACCUCAGUUCGGCCAUAAUUCUGAUAGCCACGGGUGUGAUUGUGACGAUUAUCUCAUUUCUGGGUUGUUUUGGAGCCAUUAAAGAAGUGAAAUGCAUGCUUCUUACGUUUUUCAUCAUUCUCUUCAUGAUAUUCAUCAUAAUGCUAGUAGGCGGAAUUUUAGGCUACGUCUUCAGAAACGAGGUGGAGAAGCAGAUGAAUCAGGAGAUGAUAAUGUCCAUACCCCUCUAUAGAAAUGAGACAGCCGUCACAGAUGCCUGGGACUCAGUUCAGGAAUACUUCAAAUGUUGCGGUAUGAUACAGGAACAAGAUGCUAGUUAUGAAAUUUGGUCGAAAAAGAAUAAAGAGUUUAGUGGUAACAAGCGAGUACCAGAAUCCUGCUGCAGGCAAAAGGACCAGAGCAGCAUUCGCAACUGCCAGAUUUCUCCUUGGGGUGGCGAUGCUUUCACUGAGGAUUGUUAUAUGAAAAUGAAAGACUUUGUAAAAGAUCAUGCUCUUAUAUUAGGCGGAAUAGGAAUAGGAAUUUCCUGCGUGCUGAUCGUAGGCAUGAUGCUGUCCUGUGCGUUGUUCUUGAUGAUCAACUAAUCCAGAAAACUGUCCAACACCAACCUCAUCAAAAUCUUUUUCCUUUUUUGGAAUGAGCUGGAUAUAAGUGGAUUUGGUUCUCGCUUAUUUCAUUUCAUUCGUGUUUGUAAAUAUUUAUGCAUUGCGAAUGGCCUUCUACUUAAAACUGUUAUGUAAGCAAGAAUUAAGUUGCGAUUUUAAGAAGAAAAGAAAAAUUUAGUCAAGAAAUUAAAAAUUGUUGAAGUUUGUUAAGAUGCAAUAACGGAUGUUGCGGGACUGGCAAACUCCUUGAUUAGAUUUGAUUAAAAGGAAAAAAAUAGAAAAAAAAUAAUCAAAAGAUUUUGCAACCACGCAUAUUCAUGGACAUCUAAAUCCUAAUUUUAAAUUCAUUUUAUGUGAAUACAUGCCAUUGCAAAAAAAGUUCCUUGAAAUUUUUUUUAAAAUUUUUAUAAAUGUAAAAAAUAUGACAUAUUAUUAUGAUAUAAUACUCCUUUUAUAAAUUUGUUUUAUUCUAUUCAUCAUAAAAUAUUUUGCUUAAAUUUUAUGAUUAUUUUAUAUUGAUUUUCCUUGAAAUAUUUUGCUUAAGCCAAAUAGCUUAAUUUCAAAGCAAAAAUGUUAAUAAUAGAUUUAGAAUUUUAUUAACCUUAGUCGUCGAUUGUAUGUCCUCUUUUGCUGCAUGCCUGGGCGCAUUGCUCCUCAACACGCCACUACAGAAAUAUUAAACUUUUUAAUUAGCAUUUUAGUCACUGGAGAAAUAAUUAAGCCAAUUUUUUAAACAAAUAUUUUUAUCAACAAGUUGUAUCCUAAUUUCUACGAUAAAAACAAAUUUUUGUUUUAUAAUUAAUAUAAAAUUUAAUUUGUAUUUUUAAGAGAAUGUUCAAUGUAUAAUGAAUGUUUAGUUUUUUAAAAUUUUGAAGAUUAAAUACACAAGGUCUAGGUAAACAAUCGAGAUCAUAUUUUAUUAAAUUGAAACAUAUGAUUAUUUUAUCUUAUGUUAACAAAAGUUGAUUCUUUGAAGAUUUAGACGAAACUAAUAAUUGCCAUUAAACAUUUAAAGAUAAAAAGCAAACAUAACUAAAACUAUUUACCUAAACCAUGAUUUUUGUUCUAUUUAUACCCAAUGUGUUGACUUAUUUCUAUGUUAGACUGCAAACAACUAUUCCACGUGCAUUUUUUCAUUUAUGUAUACAAUAUUAUUUAUGUAUUUAUAUAUUUAUUCUAUUAAAUGUGGGUUGUCUUUUUCUAUAUGAGAAAUUUUUCCUUACUUUUAAACAUGGUUACGUUAAUUUCUCCCAUAUGAUGAAUCAAGGUUUUUAUUUGUGACUAAAUAAGCAUUGUAAUCAUGACGUUUACUAUUGCGAAAAACGUCUAUGUUAGAAAGAACCUAAAUUAUAGAUGUGGCUAGACGUUUUUUUAAUUAUUAUUGUAACAUCCAUUAAUGCUGUGAUCCGCUGGCCACGGUCCGAUACCUGUCCAUGGAUUAAAUGGUACCGAGUCGCCCAAAGUAACAUUAAAUUUCCAUUUUAAUUAUUCGACUUUCCAUGGGACUGGAAGCUGAGAUACGUCCCCUAAAGCCGCGCCAUUACCGCCCAUGAAAUUAUAAUUUAUUUUGAAACCAUGUCUGAAAAAAAAUAAAGUUAUUAAAUCGAAGUAUUCUAAAAUAUAAGCAAUGAACGGCCGUGGUAAAAUUUUCAAUCUUUGACCGGUAAGCGGGGCAUUCACUAUUGCAUAUAAGUUGGGGAACCCAGCAUUAAUGCAUAUAACGUAUACCUCAUGAAGAACCAAGGUUUUAGGUAAUAUUAAACGUGUAUUAUAAUCUUGUGAUCUACUAUAGCAAAAAAAGUCUACCUUAUGAAGAACCAAGUAUGGCUGUAUAUCCUUUUUUUUUAGUAAUGGCAUUCACUAUUGCAUAUAACGUGUACUUUAUGAAGAAACAAGGUUUUAAAUGGCACAAUUUUUUUAAUCAUUACGCCUACUAUUGUAAAUAACUUCUACUUUAUGAAGAAGCAAAAUUUUUAAUGCGUUUAGGCAUUCUUUUUUUAAUAUGGCGUCCUCUACUGCAUAUAAUGUAUAUUUUAUAAGAAACAAGAUUUAAAAUGCAGCUAAACGAUUUCUUUUUAAAAUUUUAAUCAUGAGGCAUACCAUUGCAAAAGAAGUAUACGCUUUCAAGAAGCAAGGUUUUAGGUAUGACUAGGCGUUUUUUUAAAUUAUAAAGGUGUCUAAUACUGAAAUAACUUAUACUUUAUGAAGAAUCUGACUGGACAUUCUUUUUUUUUUUAAAUUUAUCACGGCGUACUUUAUUGAAAUUACGUAUACCUUAUAAGGACUCUUGCUUGACCUCUAACCGAUUUAAUCAAAAUAAUCAUAACUCUUAUAAGAUUAUAUUUUUAUGCAGUUUGAUUUUCAGAUACAAUUUUACUACAUCAAAAAUUUGAAGAUCCAGUUUGAUCUUAAUCAACGCAUUGAGAAAAUUCGAACGUUUUUAGCUCCAAUACUAUAUUGCUAUACCAGUUGUCUAAAUAAAAUAAAAUAUUGCAUCAUUUUCUUCAAGAUUUUGAUAGAUCAAAACUUUUUUUCGAAUUCUUAUAAGGAUAAUUAAACGCUACAUCAAAAUCAUUUAAAAGCACCCGAUUUUACAUAUUUUUAAAAGUUUUACGUAAUAUGAAUUUUUUUUUUAAACAUGAAAUAGUUUCGAAAGAGUUAAUGAAAAUUGUCUUACGUAUUCUUCACUGAAGAAGUUGAGUAAAAUUUAUUCAAAAUUCUGCCAAAAGCCAAAAUAAGAUACGGAUAUUUUUCCGAAUAAUCUCUCAAAAUUUCGUGCCUUUCUUUCUUCAAUUAUUUAUUUCUUAGCAAGUCAGGCUUAUGGUUUAUAAAGGAUUACCGACAAUCUAUAUUCAUAUCAAUUCUUGCAGUAUUUUUUUACCACUCAUUUCAAACGCAUUUCUUUAUAUAUUUGCCCAGAAUUGAAAAAUUAUUUCAAUCUGGUACUUGCAACAAACAACAUGGUUGUGCAUGGCGUGUUAAUAUUACAGCUUUAAGGCUUAGGUUUAUUAUCACACUGUAUCAAUUUACUGAUUAGAUUUAAUUGGAUAUCUGCAAGUGACGUCACGCGUGUGUGUCAAACCUGAUUGGCUAACCAACGCGUGACGUUGAUUGCAAACAUCCAAUUGCAGAAUUUAAUUUUUGAUGAACAUGAUGCAUUGUAAUUUAUUAAUGUAAUCAAAGAGAAUCAAAGUGUCAUGAAAUCAAAGUGUUUUUGAAAAUAUGAAAGCCAUUCGUUAUGGCUAUACUUGUGUUAGUAACCAUCAUAAUGAUGGAAUAAUUUUUUGAAAUAUAUUUGUCUCCAUGUUUCCUUAUGGUACUGUAAAUUAUUUUAUCUGUGUGGCUUAUUAUACAAAUAUGGUGAUUAAAACAUGUUACCUGUAUGUAAUGUUCACUUCAGAAUGUAUUAUACGUUUCGUUUUUAAAUAAAGAUGUUUGUUCCCUUG